AUCAUCUGCAGCUACCGCGGGAAUGUAGUUUUUAACAGUGACAACGCCAAAUAGGUGUUGUUUACAUAGUCAAAUAUUUUUGUACGAACAAUGAAUUGAUUCCUUCAGAAUUUGGCCUGCAUUCGAAGAGUCGCGAUGCUGAACGUCCCAUCCCAGUCGUUCCCUGCAGCCAGCUCUCAGCAGCGUGUUGCUCCGGCCGGUCAGUCCGGCAGGAACAAGGUAGCAUUGAAGCCUGGUCACAGUCUGAUGGACUGGAUCCGUGUGGCUAAGAGUGGCCGGGACCUGACAGGGCUGAGAGGUAGACUCAUAGACGUCACAGAUGAGGAGCUGCAAAAACACAGCACACGGGACGACUGUUGGACCUGCAUACGAGGCAUGGUUUAUAAUGUGAGCCCCUACAUGGAUUUCCACCCUGGAGGAGAAGAGGAACUGAUGAAGGCAGCUGGGAUAGACGGAACAGACCUUUUUGACCAGGUCCACCGGUGGGUGAACUAUGAGUCCAUGUUAAAGGAGUGUCUGGUAGGGAGGAUGGCUGUGAAGGCCAGCACUGCUCUCAAAGCUCAGUGUGUGAUAAAGGACAGCAUCACUCAUUUAAAUGGUCUAGCCCCCCCUUCUCCGCCCACCUCCAUGCUCCCUCCUGCUUUCCUCACCCCUCCCUCACCCUCCUCAUCACUGCAACCCUCAGCCGCCCCGCCACCAACCCAACCCAAAGACGCCCGGCCCAGGUAUGACUGGUUUCAAACUGAUGUCACAGUCGAUAUUGUGGUUUACACUAAACGGAAGCUCCCCAGCUCUGGCUGUACCAUAGUUGACCUGCAAGAUGGUGUUCUACGGGUGGAAGUUCUUCUGGGGAAAAUGUCCUACAUGCUGCGUCAACGUCUAGCCCAAGAAGUAGAUGGAAGCGUUGCUGUCCACACAGUGUGUGUUGUGGGGAAGAUUCAGGUCAGCAUGCGUAAAGCGGCCAAAGGAAAGUGGGAGGAGCUUGGUGAACCACUGGAAUUCCAUGAUUCUCUUUUCAGGAAGAAAGAUCGAGCGAUCUUCUACAGGGAGUGUAUGUUAGUUUCUAAGACGGAGGUCACACACGACACCUGGGUGUUCCGGUUACAACUCCCUCUAGGGACACUCAUGCACGUGCCAGUUGGGAAACACAUCUACCUCAAGGCCCUCAUCCAAGACAGUGAGGUGGUGAAGCCCUACACGCCAGUCGAGGAAACACUGGUACCAGCUACACUGGACUCCACACAGGGGACUGCAGCCACUGACAUUUUCCUCAUGAUCAAAGUCUACCCAGAUGGAGUGUUGACUCCACACCUAAACAACCUCAACAUCGGUGACCACCUGUCUGUCAGCAGUCCGGAUGGUCCGUUCAGUCUCCGCCUCCUGCGUGAGGUCACUCAACUCUACCUGUUAGCAGCCGGCACGGGGUUCACGCCCAUGGCUCGAGUGAUACGAUUGGCCCUCCAGGAGCUGGGCGCACUCAGGUUCCAGGUGGAGUAUAUUCUGUCAGAGCCAUGUGAUGGGUGGACAGGCAGGAAGGGGCGGGUUGAGGCCUCCAUGCUGACUGACUUCCUGGUUAGGCCUGAAGACUCAAAGGUCUUUGUGUGUGUGUGUGGCCCCUCAGACUUCACCGAGCUGACUGUGGGGUUGGUGAGACAGCAAUGUUUCAGUGAAGAGGAGAUUUAUGUGUUCCAGGGCUGAGCGUCAGUCUCAGACCUGACAUAUCUCAACCUUACAGCCUGAGGUGUGUGUGUGUGUGUGUGUGUGUGUGUGUGUGUGUGUGUGUGUGUGUGUGUGUGUGUGUGUGUGUGUGUGUGUGUGUGUGUGUGUGUGUGUGAAAGAAGACACAAUUUGUGAGAGAGUGUCUGGGAGAGAAGAUAUGUUGUUAGGCUGCCGGCCAAUGUGUUUUUUGGCACAAUGUCUUUCUAUGCACUGUAGACUGAACUGAUGGACCUGACUCCUGUGGUUAGCAGCGAUGCCAGAGACCCACAGAGGCUCUUUGAAUCUGGAAGGAAAGCAGCUCUGUCUGUCUCUCUCUCUCGCUCCUUCUCUGUGUGUGUCUUUGUCUCUCUUUCUCUGGUGCUUUGAAACACGGAUGGACAGUCAUUCUCUCUGGUCGCUUAGGACGUGACCGCUGGGCUCUCUGAGCUGGUGAAUCACACACAAAGGAUGAAUGGCCAAUUACCCAGCAGCACUGAACCCUCAGGUCAACAUCAUCAGCUCACUGUCUGUCUAUGUCUGUACCAGAGCUUUUUGAACCAUCCUGUUCUUGUACACUCCUCUGCUCUGACCACAGAGAGAGAGGUCUGGGGUUGUUUAUGAGAGGUCACUAACAUGACCACAGAGAGAGAGCUCUGGUGUUGUUUAUGAGAGAUCACUAACAUGACCACAGAGAGAGAGCUCUGGGGUUGUUUAUGAGAGAUCACUAACAUGACCACAGAGAGAGAGCUCUGGGGUUGUUUAUGAGAGAUCACUAACAUGACCACAGAGAGAGAGCUCUGGGGUUGUUUAUGAGAGAUCACUAACAUGACCACAGAGAGAGAGGUCUGGUGUUGUUUAUGAGAGAUCACUAACAUGACCACAGAGAGAGAGAGAGGUCACUACCAUGACCACAGAGAGAGAGGUCUGGGGUUGUUUAUGAGAGGUCACUAGCAUGACCACAGAGAGAGAGGUCUGGUGUUGUUUAUGAGAGAUCACUAACAUGACCACAGAGAGAGAGGUCUGGGGUUGUUUAUGAGGAGUUCUGAUCAUUAAAUCUUCCUUUUGUUGAAGAAGUAAUGAGCAUUUCCAGCCUGUUGUUGGCAUAUACCCUCCUACAGAGAGUUAUUAUUAUUCAGAUAGUUGUUUAGGCUGUGCUGCUGCUGUUCGUCUGUUCUGCAGCCUGUGGUUCUGUUUGAGAGAGACUGAUGGUUAAGCAGACCAGUCUUCAGAAUCAGUACUUUUACUCUCUCCCCCUCUUCUUGAUCUCUCGCUCUUUUAUCUCUCUCCCUCCCCUCUCUCUUUCUCUCUCACAGGUUGUUGUAGUACUCACAGUAGGUGAUACAUACCAAUGGGAAUACAUUACGCAAUACAUUACACACCUACGUAAAUGUAUUUAAAUAAUUAAAUAAUAUUUUUAUUAUAUGUAUUUAAUUCAUUAAUACCUCGAGCCCACAGUGAUCUGAUUAAGUGCUUGAUGUUUGAUGCAGUUAAAUGAUUCUAAAAUGCGUCCGGGAAUCCUGACCAUGCGUCCUUUACUCUUUCUCACUCUUGUGAAAUACAUGAGGUUGGUAAGGAACCAACUAUCGUGAUUUCUCCUGGAACAUCAAACUGCCAGACCGAACUAUGUCAAUCCUGCAGAGUUGUUCUAUGCUAAGAGUGCUCCCUCUUAUUAGGUUAAUAGCGGAGCUACAUCUUACCAGAGGGGCUCUUAUCUGGCCGUUUCCAGCUGCCAGCUGCCUCUUUAGAUGUAUCCUUUCAGGUGUCAUUACUGAGUCAAUCUGGGUGGAAAUGGAACAAAAUGUCCAUGAAAUUGAAGGUGUAUUUUCAUGAAAUCUCGUAGAUGUCGUUUUGAAGGAAGAAACUUUUAUAUUGGACAUUGGUAUCUAUUAAGGAUGUCCAUGAAUGAAUGUGAUCUUGGCCUUUUCACAUUUAAAAAAAAUCGAAUUUAUACUCUGUAGAACGUAUGGAAGGUGCCAUUUAAAAACCUUACCCUGCGUGGCAUUUACUUUUUAAUAACAUCAAAGUACAUAAUCUCAUGGUAAUUUUCUUCCUUUUUCACACAAAAUGAAUUGCAGCAUUUCUUGCCACUGAACAUAACAGUUUCAAAGAUCACACCUGUCAACGUAACACACAAGGCCAUGGUACGUGCAAUACAAUAAGUCAAGCUUCUAUGGAUGAAAAGAACUUGAUGAAAGUACCACUUUGUUUUUGUCAUGCGAAACAAUGACUGAAAUGUGUUGGGUUCUGGUUUUUAAAGAAAUACACAAGCUGAUUAUUUCGAUUGGUUUUGUAGCUCAUCUAAUGUUGAUCUAACCACAUCUUUUUUAAUACAUAUCCAGUUUUGUACAUCAUGCACAUUAUAACAAGCAUGUCAGUCAUAUGAGCUGUCCUGAAGCAAAUUAAAACA